AUGUUAUCGACUGAGAGGUGAAUUAAUCAUGUUUUCCAUUUUCCAUACACAUCAUAAUUAUAUUAGUUACAGCGUUGGAUUAUUGAACAUUAGGAAUUUAUUUUGCAUUUCCAGGAUUCUUAAUUAAUUCAUGUUUUCCUCAUUGAUGAAUAUUUUUCAUAUUUUAAAAUGUUUCCAAAUGAAAAAAGAUUGAAAAAAAGAUCGAAAUUUCUCGAUCAAAAAAAAAAAAAAAAAAAAUAUCAAAUCAACGAAUAUCUCGUCGAUACAGGAAUCGAAAUGUGAAAUAUAUAGAUGUCAACUAAAUAUUCCUUUGAAAUGAAACGAUUUAGAUGAGCAGACUGUAUGUUUCAUAUUGUACGAGAAAGUUGCCCUAGGCAAGGAUGCGCAUUAUUGGCUUGAAUUACAUUAAACAAACAUUUGAUAUAUUGUUCUAUCUCUUUUUAGCAAUGUUUUUCUUUUUUUUUUAAUACAUAUACAGAUAUGUGCGAUUUUAAUAUCAAACUUUUUCACUUUUAUUUCUUUCGCAAUCUACCAAACAAUCGAAAGCAUUUAUAAAACAGGUUUAUCGUAAAAAUUGUAUUGUAUCUAUUUAUUUGUAAUAUCAUAAGAACCUAUCGAAAUCUAUCGUGUUUAUUAGUCUUGAUUAGUUUUAUUUUUAUCAUCUAGCAUAAUUAAUGUUUUAGUUUCGUAACAAAUAUUUAUUUUCAAAAAUAUGUUUGUACAAUAAAAUUAUAAAAAUUCUUACAACAAGCUACUAUAUUAUUUCUGCCUAUCAAAUUUUAUAUACAUACAUAAAAAUGAAUAUUAAAUUAUAAAAAGAUUUUUGUAAUUUCAUUUGUUCGAAUCACUGUUAUCAAUAUGCGUAAAUAUAAAAUUUUUUGUAUUUAUUGACGAGAGUGGUGCUUCCUUCCGUCUGGCUAAUGUGGCUAAACGCAUCAAUGCUUCUUCUCCUUUGGCAAGGAACGAACGUUUUUUCAUGACAUUCUAAAAAGAGUAUGUAUAAAUGAUAAUCAGCAUUAUAUUUUUAAUUAUCAAUAAAUAAACAUGUUUUUCGAAAUCUUACACGUAUCGUACGCGAUGUUUCAUCCAAUUUUGAAGUGUUUAACAUUUCCGCAACAGUGUGAGAUAUUUUUGGUUCCGUUUUGGAAUCAUCGAGUGUUUCUGCCAAUGUAUUUUCUUUUUGCAAUUCGUUAAUUCGCCUUUUCUUUAAAAUCUUCAAGCCAAAUUUAAAUAUGUGACUAUUGUUUAGCUCGUUUUCAAUUUCAGUGUCUAUAUUUGUCUGCGAAUUAAUAAUAUAUCAAAUAAGAAGCUGAUUAAAAUAUUUCUUAAUUCGAUCGUCUUACCAAUUUUUCUGCUAAAAAUGAUUCUCUUUCAAGUCUUAUCUUGCGCCACUUUUCUUCAUCUUCGUCAUCAGAUACGUCUACCCAGCCAUCUUUAUCCUCUAAUGGUUGGACAUCAAUAUUGUCACUUUGUUUAUCUGGAAGAAGAAGAUCGAUAAUCACUGUCAUUGCUGUAAAUUAAUGCAAAAAAAGUAACGGAUUUUUGAAUACCUAUGUUUCUCCAUCUGAAUUUCCUCUCACGUGUACUUUCACUAAACAAAUCUCCCUCCUCGAAUAGCAUUUCUUGAAGCAUUCUCACUUCUCUUUUAUCUUCGUCCAACAUUUGUUUCAUAUGAAGUUUUCCCAAUUGAUUUUUAACUUUCGUCUCAUCAAUUUCUUCAUUGUCUCCAUCUUCUAAUUCCAAUUUAUCCAGAUCUUCUUCAUCUUCGUCCGCAGAUACAUCACAAUCACUUUCACUAAGCUCAGCUUCUUCCUCCAAAAAUUUUGCCGCAUAUUGUUUUAUCUCUUUCUUUGGAACAAUCACUUCGUUCUCCUCUGAGUCAUAAUCUAUAAAUUUUUCGUCAUCUUCUGCUUCGUCGUUGCUGCUUAACGCAGAACUCUUUUCAUCUUCGUCAUCGGAUAAAUUUAACUUCUUAACUCUUUUUUUUGGUCGGUUUUUAAUUUCUUUUUCAACUGAGUCUUCUUCAUCAGAAGACAAAACGCGUAACUUGUUCCAAAAUGUUGUUUCGUCUUUUGACUGUUGCCUAUCUUUCUUAUCUAUUUCAGUAUUUGAAGAGUCUUUUUCAUCAGGUAGCUGUAUGCUUUGAAGUAUUCCACUUGUGAUAUUAACUGACUCUUUAUUAUUGCUUGGUUGAGAACUAAAUGUUCCUGAACACAAUUCUAAUAACUGCGAUUCAGUUACAUUAGAUUCUUUCACAAAAUUCAAUUGCAUUUUAUCUUCUGGAAAUUUACCUGAACAGAUUUCCACAAGUUCCUCAUCCAAUACAGCACUUUGAUCAGCAAAUAACUUCUUUUGGGAUACACCUCGUUUUAUCUGAAGUGAUUCCGGAGUUUUUGUAAAUUCUCUCAAAAUAGGGUCAACAAACGAUGCCUCUUGUGUUGUUGAUGUUUUUUCUUCUUCCAACUGUACAUUUAAUGCAGUCAAUUGUGUUAUAGGAGAAAUGAAAUCAAGAUUAUUGCUUUUAGACUGUGGUGUUUGGUUCAUUUGCCAUUCUACAUGUACUUCAGAAAUUAAAGCUUCUUCAUGAGCGUUUAAGUCAUUGUUUUUUAUAUUUUUAUCAAAUAGAUCAUUUAACUUAACCUGAGAAGAAAAUGUUGACUGUUUCAUACUAUUGUUUUUUAUAUUUUUAUCAAACAGAUCAUUUAACUUAACCUGAGAAGAAAAUGUUGACUGUUCCAUACUAUUUUUAUCAUUUUCAAUAACUGAAGAUUUUGAAUCAUCGUCUAAAGGUUUUACAAUCCUUUUAAAUGUUUUACACUUUUUAAACGUAUCAUUGCUAUCACAACUACUACUCUCAUAUUCAUUUUCUGAAACGAGUUUUUCAGAUUUUUCAUCUUUUUCUUGUACUUCAUGUUCAUCUUCAUUUUCAUCUUCAUCUUCAUCUUCAUCUUCGUCUCCGUCUUCGUCUUCGUCUUGGUCUUCGAUAUCAUCGCUAUCAUUUAUUUCAUCUUCACUGACUUCGGCCUCAUCUUCUAUAAAAGCAUUUUUUUUCCUUCUCCUUUUUUCUACUUUCAAAUAUGCAUCGUCCUCUUCUAUUUCAUCUUCUUCGCUUAUCUGAGGUUCUAUAUUUGGCGAAUAUGGUUCGUUAAAAUUAUCUUCUUCAUUUAUGGAUUCGUUCCAUUCUAUUUCUUGUUCUUUCAUUUCCUGUUCUCUCUGUUUCCACUCCUCGUUGCGUUUUAUUGCCAUUCUACGUUUCAACUCUUCUUUUAAGCGCAUUAACUUUGCACCGGGUUUCUCCAAUUUAGGAUCUAUAUUUGCAAUAUAUGGUAAUCUGUAUGGUAAUGUUUCUUUAAUGAUUGAUAGUCCACCAUUUCGAGUUUCCUUUAUUUGCGUUGUUGUAACUUUAGAUACACUUUUAGUAGCUCGAUCGGAUUUAGAAUGUUUUCGUACAAAUCGAUCUAUCAAACCAUCUAUUCCUUUCUUAGUUGAUGUAAUAUCCUCUGUUAAGUCAAUAACUUGACCUGGAAUACCUCGCAAUUUAGGUUUUAAACUUUCUAUAUUCUGUACAUUUUUCUUUGUAGUAUCUAAUGAAUCCAAAUAAUCCAACGGUGGAAAAUCAAAUUCAUCAUCUUCAUCAAAUUCAUUUGUAAUUAUUCCUGAAGGUUCUUUUAUCGUUUUUGCAUUAUCGUUUAGACUUUCUAAAUUAUAUUUAUCAUUAUCAAUGCAUAUGCUUUCUUCUUUAUUCUUAUUUUGACUUGUAGCUUCUUGUAACAAAUCAUCUGAUUUUUCACCUAUGACUAUUUCUGUAUUUUUUGAUUCAACCCUAUCCAUUAUGUUGCUAGAUGCUUCACAGUGUGUUUGUAUUGUUAAUGAAUUAAUUGCACUACUUUCUGUUCCAUUAUUAAUUAUUGUCUCAUUACAUUCAAUGUCUUUAACUUCAAUUAAAGUUCCAUUUUUUUUUUCUACUACGUUUAUAUUAUUUUGUUCUUCAUUAACUCCUGCAGUAAAUAAAUUAUCAUCGAAUAACUUUCGUGAAACAUUGUCUUUUUUAACAUUUUUGAUACAUUGAAUGUUCAUAUCUUCUGUAUUACUUUCUAUAAUCUCUUCUUCUGAAUCAGAAGAUUUAUAAAAUAUUUCUGCUUCUUUCUCUUUUUUUUUCAAAAUUUCACUGUUUGAUAAAAAAAACUUUCAUUAUAUUCAAUGAUAAUAAUUCAAUGCCAAUAUCAUGAAAUUUGAAAAUUACUCACUCAACGAUACUGGAAAACUCUUUCAAUUUAGAUGCCAUUGUAGGUACUGGAAAAGAUGAAAUUACUUUUCUCCUUUUUAAAAAUUCUUGUAUUGUUCUUUGUUUUGGAUUAUGAUAUGGUAAUGAAAUUUCUGUCUCGCGUAUUAAUCGCUGAGUUUCACUUUGUAUUUGUUUCAUAGCUUCUUCUUUAGAAGCUCUUAACGAAACCUAAAGUAUAACAUUAUUUUUACUAAUUCUGAUAUAUGCUUAGACAUAUUAAAAUAAAAUUUUAUAUACAAUUUAAUCAAUGAAACUUAUUAACAACUUACUUUCCUCAGUUUUUCCUUAGAUUUAGAAUUUUUCUUCUUAUUUUUAGUCAUUUUAUUCUGUGUCUUAGAAUUUGGUUCCUCAUCUGAUUCUUCUCUUUCUUCAUCUGAUUCUUUUUUUUCCUCAUCUGAUUCUGAAUCUAUUAAAGUCUGAAGCUUGCUCCUUAUCUACAAAAUAUAUGAUCAAGCUAUUUAAUAAUUACAUGAUCAAGUUACUUAAUAAUUACAUUGUACAUUUUUUAUAAUUAUUACUCACACUGUUUGCAACCUCCAUCUCAUUUGAAAUUGUGUUUUUAGCAUCACUAGCAUGAACAAUACUGGAAGUAUCAUCUGAAUCGCUGUCAACAAGUUUCAUAAUCCUGCUCUUAUUUAAAUUCUUUAUAGAUACAUUAUCGAGCUCAGAAUUAGACAUUUCAUCUUUUUCAUCAACAAAUCUUUUUUUCUUGAACUUAGGGGUAAAUAAACUUUCUUCUUCUGAAUCACUGUCUAUUAUUCUGAAUAAUCUGUUGUGAAUAUUAUUCUUUUUAAGUUCGUCUUCUUUUUGGUUAGAUAUAUCUUUUUCUUUUAUGGUUUUAUUAAUUAAGUCAGUAUCAUUAUCAGAAUUAUUAUCAAUUUGAUUUUUAGCUUUAUCAUCAUUUUGCUCAGAUUCACAAUCUUUUUCUUUUACAGAUUCAUUUAAUGUAUCACAGGCAUUGUUCUCAGAACAAUUAGUUUCAUUUUUAUGUUCAUUAUUUUCCUGAUCAAGCUCAUUAUCUAUUUCUUUUGAAGUCUUAUUAAGUACAUUUUCCUCUUUAGUAUUAGAGUAAUUUUUCAUUUCUGAACAUUCGCUUUCCUGUCCUACAAAAUUUCCUAAUCCUUUAGCAAGUUCAGAUUCUUUAAAUCCAUGCUGUACAUCAGAUUCAUCGUUGCACACAUUACUUGAAUUGUUAUUUUCAUACAUAAUUUCUAAUUUCUCAAUAUAUUCUUAAAUCUUUGCUUUGUUAAUUUUUUACUAAUGACAAUUUUUUAUUCAGUACAUUAAAUAGCUAUCAUAAAAUUACUGAAUUAUGAUGAUUUUUAAAAAUUGUUUCUUUAAAAAUAUAAUUACUUGUUAAUUAAUUAAAAAUUAGUUUUGUUUUUUGUAAAUACAAUAUCUAAACACUAUGCCGUAGCAUAUCACAGAACACAAUUGCAUAUUAACUGGUUUUCGUUCUAUCCAUUUCAGUCAGCAAAUUUGGCGCGAAAGCGUUAAGCGCAUGACGUAUUAGUUUCAGAUGGCAGGGACAUCGUUUUUUGUUCAGGAAUUUUGCUCUUCGUAUCAAUAUUUUUUUUGUUAAUAUUGCAUAUUGUAAUCUAUUUGUCUUUUUUUUUUGCUUAAAUAAAAUCAGUCAUGUUUAGAGAAUAUUUUAUGUAAUUAAAAUUUGAGAAAAUCAUGUAUAUCUUCGAAUUCACCAUUUAUCGUCUAGGAAAUUAUUUCAAUAUCAAGUUGUUAGAGUGUUUGGGAAAAGUCUUGGGAAAGCAUUUAAAUACCUCUCAAGAUAUCGUAGGUUUAUGGUUGACUAUAGUUGGUCGAUAGAUCAAAUUGUUGACGUAUUUUUAUGAUAGUUGAUAGCUUGUGAUUACGUUACGACCACAGUUGUAGAAAACACUGUAUCUGUAGGUUGUCUAAAUUAUUUACUUUAUAUUUUUUAACAGUAACGAAACUGUUGUCUAUAUCCUUUAAGAUCUUUAUUCAUUUUCAGAUGGUUACGAUGGGCGAACCCCUCACUUUAGCGAAUGGUAAAUUUUUUCAUGCAUAGUUGUUUAAAUAAAUAUACAUGUAUAAAUUUGUAUAUUUAUUUAAAUAACAUGUAAUUAUAUAGCAGAUAAAAACUGAACACGUCAGUUUUGUCAAAUUUAAACAUUCUUGAUAAAAUUCACGUUAGAAUAUAAAAUUAUAAAAUUGACUUUAAUCAAAUUUUUCUCAUUUGCAGAUGUUAAAAGAUCUAUUGAAUUACUAGACAAAUUACAAAAAGGUAAUUGAUUAAGCAUAUCUUAGUAACAAAGAGUAAAAGAUAAGAGCACUUUAUGUCAUGUAUUCCAAGAAUUGCUUUAUUUAUGUAAGUCCUUAUAUUAUGUUAUUUCUUCAUAAUGUUUAAUGAUUUAAUUUACUUUCUCAUGUAAAUCAUGUAUGUGAUUUUAUAUAAAUAAAUGUAUAAAUAAAUUGUAUAAAUAAAUGAAUGCUCACUUUGUAGUUACAAUUUUGAUAUGUACGUAUAUGUUAAUUAUACAAACUUUUUUAGGUGGCGAAGUACCUGCAACAAAAUUAGCUGCCUUACAGAAAGUUUUGCAAAGUGAUUUUCUCAGUGCUGUCCGUGAAGUAUAUGAACAUGUAUAUGAAACUGUGGAUAUUCAAGGAUCUCAAGAUGUUCGUGCGUCAGCUACAGCAAAAGCAACAGUUGCUGCUUUUGCAGCAAGUGAGGGCCAUGCACAUCCACGAGUGGUGGAAUUACCAAAAACCGAGGAAGGCCUUGGUUUUAAUGUAAUGGGGGGUAAAGAGCAAAAUUCGCCAAUUUAUAUUUCACGAAUUAUUCCUGGUGGUGUGGCCGACCGUCAUGGCGGCUUAAAACGCGGGGAUCAACUUCUUUCGGUCAAUGGAGUGUGCGUGGAAGGAGAAAAUCACGAGAAAGCAGUUGAACUAUUGAAACAGGCACAGAAUUCUGUGAAACUAGUCGUGCGGUAUACUCCGCGUGUUUUAGAGGAAAUGGAAUUACGAUUUGACAAACAAAGGGCUGCUCGCAGGCGCCAACAUAUGCAAUAAAAGUAAAAAAAAAGUCGUUACCAUUUCAUUAAUUUCUUUCAAUGAACAAAUCACAUGCAUAUUGAUAUCAUUUAAAUAUUUACUUCAUUAUUCAUACAUUGUAAAAUUAAAUAAUGACUUUGCAACAUUUAUGAGACUUAAUUUUAAUAAUACUUUAUAAUUAAUGUAACUAUUGCAAUUUUCUGUGUUCUAAAAAGAUAUUGUGUAUGAAUGUUAUAUAGUUUUAAGAAAUAAACAUGAAAAAAUUUGUUCUUUCAUUUAUUUGUUACGAAGUAUUUUUAAUAACAGUUAUAUACUUUUUACAUGUGAAAUAUUCAUUUUUUGUAAUUUUGAAAAUUUGAAAGAAAUCGAG